UGACGCUUAGCCGUCUGGCAACUCCUGAUUCAUGAAACGCAACAUACAUGCAGCGCCACGCACCUGAGGAGUGAGUCAGUCUGCACAGCCACGCUAGAAUACAGCGUCCAUCGAUAGCCACACAUGCACAGAUAAGCACGUAUAUGAAUGCGUCCAUCCAUCCUUCUCAGAUAGAUACUGGCAACCACUCUCUAUACAGCCAGCGAUUGAUCGAUUGAUCGACUGAUUCAUUGCAUUCAUUGCAGCCAUCCAUCCAUUAAUCCAGAAACACAGCCACUCGCAACCAUUGCAUUCAUCUGCCUGUGUCCGUUUGUAUGCACCAAAAACAGCAGCCAUUCAAUGCAUAUGAAUGCGACAGCUGAGGCACACCACACCACACCACACCACACCGCCAAUCAACAUUCACUCAAUCCCCCCCCCUCCAAUUCUCUUCUUCCCCCUGAGCAUCUCGUCCAUCAGCCGGCCUUCUGUGGCCGCCGUCUCUCCUGGACGGCGGCCCAGUACCCGCCGUUGAGCCCCUUGCCCGCCCGCCGUGGUGCCUUGCGGUCGGGAGAGGACGCCUCGCCAUCACUGUCGCUGCUGUCGUCGCUCUCCUCGGCCAUCUCGGCUCGCUUCCUGCGGCGGGCGGGGGAGGGGGACCGGCUGGGCGGAUACCGAAUCGCAUCGGGCUGCAGAUACUGCAGAAAUGGACAACAGCUGGUCGGUCGCCAGUUGUCGGAUGGUGGGGGUGUCUGUGUGUGGGGUGUGGGGUGUGUGGGUGGGUUGCUUACGGCCGCCUCGACGAAGUUUUUGAUGACGCGGUCCAACAUGCCCACCUCGGCAGCCAACAACGCCUGGCAGUAGUCGCACGUCGUCAACUGCCCGCCGCUGCUGCUGGCGCCAGACGAACCCACCGGACCGUCAUACUGAGCUAUCCUGAACCAACCAACCACGCACGGCAAUUCAUGACACACACCCAUGUGUCUGUUGCGCAAGGCAGCGUGGCGUGACGUACGUUCCAGAUUCGUCCUUGAUGUAGUUGCGGCUGUUGGGCACGCACGCGCAUGUGGGUUUCUCCUGCCACUUGGCGAAAUCGACGGUCUUGCGCAGGCCCACGAUGCUCCGCUUGUGGUGCCGCGCCUUGCGAGUCGCCUUGCACCCGUCGCAACACAUCGGCCAAUCCUGCACACAGAGGCCGACAGACAGACACACAGGUAGACACACAGACAUACAGAUUCCACCAUGUGGGUGUGUGGGGGUUACCUUCAGGUCUUUGAGACGGCAUAGCUCGUGGUGUGUGGUGAGUCCCCUGACGGACGCGAGUGCCAUCUUGUAGGCGAUGCACCAGCGGCAGUUGUGGACAUACAGGGGCUCGUCCUCCUUGUGCGUCUUGGGGUCGUACUCGACCACGCACUUCUCGCAGUAGCCCCCGUUGCACCCGUCGCACACGAUGCCGUCCAAACUGUGCUUGCCGCAAAACCCACACGAGUGCAACCAAUCCUGCAAUCACGACACGCAACGCAACACGCAGUGAGAGUCCUGAUGUGUGUUGUCGUUGUGGAUGGGUGGAUUGUCUUACGAAUGGCAUGUCCGCUGCUUCGGGUGCCUUCCAAAUGGAAUCGCUCAACGUCGCUACCAAGUUGCUCAACGGCACCUGCAUCAUGGACACAGACACAGCAGAUGGAUGACGUGCAGUCACACAAAAGGCGAUCUGCGGGAGUGUUGUGUGCUUACGAGGAAGUGCCAAUGCCUCUGGGGGAUCAACACGCUAUUCGUCACAACCUCUAUCCCAACCUACACACACACAACACACAGCGAGAGAGAUACACACACGGCAAUCAGUACUUGCAUUGGAUCGUGCAGGCUCACCUUGUCCGCCACCUCCUGUGCGUGUCUUUUGUGUUUGUCCGACGUGAGGAGGAAGAAGGUGUAUCCCUUGGCCUCAAGGGCCUCCCUCACGUCAUGCGUCAACAGCUCCACUACGCUCUCCAUGUUGUUGCUGCACGGAUCGCACAAACCAUCUACUAACGCCUGAUUGAUGGGACAAAAGAACCAACACCAUGCACACAGGGAGAAAAAUGCGUGGCUCCCUCUCUAUGUGUGUGUGUUUGUGUGAUGCUCACCUUGAGUGCAGGCUCUGUUUCGGUGGGCAGGGAGUCGCCCUCAGCCGUCCCGAUGAUACCAAACUGCAAGCCAAGCACACCCAUCCGAUGCCUCCAUCAAUCAUCCCUCUGUUGGCCUGCCAGCAACUUGCCUUACCUUAAUGCCGACUAUCUGCCCCAGCCACGUGGCGAGGUCCCUGAACUGCGCCGUGAGCUCGUCCAUCUUGGCGUCGCGAUGGAAUCCGAUAGAACCGUUACGCACACCCAUGAUGACCUAUCAGACACACAUACAUAGACACAAGGAAGGCUGUCGGUUUGUCUGGAUGGUAGAAAGGUCUUUCCGUUGGUGUAGCGGGCCCACCUGCUGGAAGUCUGGCACUCGAGCAAGCCUACGACCGCUCUGCACCUCAUCAGCCGACGCACCGAAAUCCUCCAACCUGACUCACACACACACACACACACACACACACACACGAAACGCGCACACGUGUCCGUGCUAUGUUUGUGUACGCAAUCAAUAAAUAAGCCACUCGUUCGCUCACCGUGGCCAGUAUGGUGAGUUUUUGUCGGUGACGUACAUGACCCACACGUUGCCCCUGCGGUAGGCCUCGGUCUGCGCACUCCGCGACUUGCUGCCCCGCUGCCCGAUGGCCUUGAGCAUGGUCGUCUUGGCCUCGAAGUAGCACGGCUCACCACCAGCCACGCCGUCAUUCACCUUGUACCUAAACACCACAACAUGAACUUUCAUCAUGCGCAUGAUGUGCAGACACAGUGGUCACUUACCCGCCCCAAGGGACCAUUGGAUACAUCUGUUUGCCCGACGUGGCGUCCACCAGGGCAGCGAAGCCCGUAUUCUGCGCGUCAACCGAGUGCUGCCCCAGGAUGACGCUGUCCGCCACCGCCAUCUGCUUGGCCGAUGCCCGAGAGGCGUAGAGGCGCUCCUCUAUCUGCUUCAGCUGCACAUUGACGAAGGGCAAAUCAAACACGGCCUCCGACUUGUCCAGCCAAUACGAUGGAGGCACAGCAGGUACAGCAGGUGCCUGAAACACCACACGACACACCCCACACACCAACACAUUGGGACAGUUUUCCCGCAUGCAUCCCAUCUGCCUGCUGUGCAUUCACCACUGGUGUGUGUAGGUGUGUAGUGCGCACCUGGAUGGCCUCUUGAGCAUGGUCAUGUUGGGCGUCUGCCGCCGGUGCGGGAGGGUCCUGUGGCGGGUCCGCGGCAGGUUGCUCCACCUCCAUCAUGACAGAAGAUGAG